CAGAGAGAGAGAGAUAGAGCAAGGGAAGCAAAGAUGGAGCAAGAGAAAGAGAAAGAUAGAGUGAGCUUGGAAGGAGGGAGAGUGAUACUGGUGCCUUACAUGAAAGAACACGUUCCAAAGUACCAUGAGUGGAUGCAAGACCCAGCUCUUCUCCAAGCCACUGGCUCUGAGCCCCUCACCCUCGACCAGGAGUACCAGAUGCAGCUCACCUGGACCCAAGACCCCAACAAGCAGACUUUUAUUGUAUUGGAUAAGCAGUUGGUUGUGGGAGAAUUCAACCAUGGACGGCCCCAUGUGGAAGCCAUGGUAGGUGAUGUGAAUUUAUAUAUGAAUGACCUGGACGAUCCUCAAAUGGCAGAGAUUGAAAUAAUGAUUGCUGAGCCAAAAAGUCGUGGUAAAGGAUUUGGGAAGGAGUCUGCCUUGAUGAUGAUGGCCUUUGCAGUUGAGAAUCUGGGGAUCCACAUCUUCCGUGCUAAAAUUGGAGAGCUAAAUGGAGCAUCUCUUAGCUUGUUCCGGAAAUUGGGCUUUGAGGAGACUUCUUAUAGUGAAAUCUUCAAAGAGGUAACAUUGGAGUUAUCUGUAACAAAGGCCAAGCAUGAUGAGCUGCUGCAGUUGAUGGAUAGCUUCAUUACACAUGCCUAGCAGUCAGGGACCUAUUUAUUCAAGCUAAUUUUCUACUUCACAAUCCACAUCAACUCUCACUCUAGUGCUUUGUACACAGAAAAGCUUUGAGGUUAUUUAGACUCUACCAUAAGAUGGAAGUGUUAAUCUUGCUGAACAGGGCUACACUAAAAUGUUAGGGCUAUAAAUAUCCCCUUUUGAAGAUCA